CCCCGGUGAGCGGUACUUGUAGAGCGCACAUGCAGCUCGCCCCCGUACCCCGCCAUCACCCUGCUGCAACCGAUGGGCGGUCGCGGUCAUCCAGGUCGACCAUGAAUCCGAUGUGUUUAUACUCCUCUGCUAAUGCGACCUGUGGAUCGCCCCGCUCAUCGAUGAAACUGACAUCCGGACGACAACGUCCCCCCACGACUGGCGAAACCGCGGCUCCCGCCCGCGAGGUUCUGGACCACAUCCUAUCCGCGGCCGGCCGCUCGCCGCCGUCUCGAACUAUUGUACAUAUUUCCUCUGCUGUCGCUGCUUCUACUCUGCUACUCCUACUACUCGCGCUGCAUCAAGGCCUAUUUUACUUAUUGCGCAUCAUAUUAUGGAACCGUUCCUUCUCCCUCUUCCCUCCAUUUUCGCAACUUCCACCGCCGUGCGCGCCGAACGGUGCGUCGUCACGCUCCGCGCACGCCGCCACCGCGCCUACAUUCGCCCGCCCGCUUUUUACUACUACCGCCAUUGCUAUCCCUCGUGUUUGUGCGCAUCGGCAACCUGGCUUACAGGUUCUGCUCUCGGGUACUGUAUGAUGUACUCUAUAUUGUACGUUUGGUGGCCCCGCUAGGGGCGUGCUCGUGCGUUGUUAUCCCUGUCCUGUCGACCACCAUCCCUAUCCGCUUCGUUCCGCGCUGCGCCGUCUGCGCGGGCUUACCCUUAUGUUUGCCUAUUACUUGCCUCCGCAGCGGGUGGAAUGUGCCCGCGCGCGGCGUACUGUACAUAGUCGGUCUAUUCGCAUUCGCUGUACAUGCGCUGUAUUGGAUACUUUAGUAGAUACAUCC